UUUCCACCGUUAAUAGCUGUGAAAUCCUCCGGAGUUGUUUGCUCCGCCGCGUUGAUGAACGAGAGAUACGUUCUUGAUUACCUCGGAGAUUCUUCUGAGAUCGUGCGUUGUUUUGGUGAAGGGAAGACGGUGGAGAACGGUGAAGAGGUUUACAAUCUGUUUCUUGAGUAUGCCUCUGGUGGUAACCUUGCUGAUCGGAUCAAAAACUCCGGUGAAGGUUUGCCGGAGUUUGAAGUGAGGAGGUUCACGAGAUCGAUUGUUAAAGGGUUGUGUCAUAUCCACAAGAAUGGUUUCUCUCAUUGUGAUUUAAAGCUU